CACAAGAAAAGCAUGACGAGAAGUGUGGUCAACCACUCGCUACUGUCAGGAGGCCAUAGCUAGUCAGUUGGAAGUACAGCGCGCAGCCCUGACCAGUACAGUCGCUAGAUUCACCUCACCUCAUUAUUUCUUCCGCGCUCCAAGCCACACUACAUCUCGACAGCACAUCUCGGAUGGAGUCGAAUCAGUCGUCCACCCAAGGCCAAGCUGCUUCCAUCAUGCUCGUCAAGGCCAACGAUCCCGCAACAACCAUCAUAAAGGAGCAGAAGCAACGCGAACUGCAGUCUCAGCCAGCGAAGGCGAGAUAUAUCUCCAAGCAAUCGAUGGCCUACAUGCACUGCUGAAGAGUUAAUGCUGCUUCUCUUGUAUGCAAUAAAUAAAAUCACCGCAUUUGCUCAAUU